AUGACUUGGCAGCGAAGUAUUAAAGCCAUUACCAGCAAAAUCAGCUGCGUUGGUCACUGCCGUCUUCCUGGAUGGGGACCCCGAGACGGGCCACAUCAAUGGCUAGAGACAUUUCGCGCCCUCAAUGGCGCUGAUGCAUCCAAGCUAUUGCCUUCAACGCAUAGCUCCUAUUCCACCCCCCCACUUGACAGCCCACUGUACCUAACCCCCCCAAACAUCGGUGAGCGAAACUGGGGCAGCUACAACCACUGUACGACGAGUACGCGGCAGCAUCGCUGCUUCCAUAAAUAUGGACAUGCUGGUCGCCUGGGGGGAACACCUUACUGCCUUCACACUCCUGUCGCACAGAACAGUACGACUUUACCCCCAGACCGCCCCGUACCACGAUUGCUCGUAGUGCUAAUACGGAGGCCAGCCAGAAUGGGAUUUGAGCGAGAUGGCUCAAGUGGUAAGAGCGCGAAUUUACUGACCGGAAGGUCCGAAGGUCCAUUGUUCGAGCUCGAAUUCUCCCGUCUAGGCUCGGGCAACCUGGCAUUAUCCAAGUCCUCGUGUCUCCUUCGUGUGGCGUGGCAGCUAGGCACCGAAAGCGCGCUACAGCUGGAUGAUAUAUAUAUAUUUGCACACGAAUAUCUGCGGUUUUCUGAAUAA